AGAUCAAGAUGCAGAAUGCGCUGUAGCGAAAGCUGGGGUGAAAGGAAACGGUGAAAGAAAUCUCAGAUCACUUUAGAAAAGAUCACUUUUGGGGGAGCGCACCCAAACCACACCGUUUCCGUACCUUGGUGGUAACUGGUAACUUCCCUCGGCCCAUGGCGAUCUCCGGCGAGGAGAGGUACGCGCCCGCUGGCGGCGACUCCAGCGGCGGGAAGCUCUGGAACCUCUGCCGCAUGCCCUUCCGGCAGGCCGGCGGAGCGCCGGCGCCGGCGCCGCCUCCGUCGUCUUCCGGGAUCCACCAUUCCGCUGGCCGGUACGGCCACGAGGCGACCGUCACCGGGGACGGCGCGGGAGGAGGCGCACAGGGGGCGUCGGCCGGGUCGAUCUCGUCCGUGGCCAAGUCGCUGCUGCCGGCGCGCCGCCGCCUCCGGCUCGAUCCGGCCAACAAGCUCUACUUCCCAUAUGAACCAGGAAAGCAGGUGAAGAGUGCAAUCAGGAUAAAGAAUGCAAGCAAGUCUCAUGUAGCAUUUAAGUUUCAAACAACUGCACCUAAGAGUUGUUUCAUGCGCCCACCUGGAGCCAUCCUUUCCCCUGGAGAGACUAUCAUAGCAACUGUUUUCAAGUUUGUGGAGCACCCAGAGAAUAAUGAGAAUGUUCUACAGAAGUGCAAGGUCAAAUUCAAAAUUUUGAGCUUGAAGGUCAAGGGUCCGAUGGAAUAUGCACCAGAACUGUUUGAUGAGCAGAAGGAUCAAGCUGUCGUUGAGAAGAUCCUGAGGGUUGUUUUCUUGGAUGUUGAUAAUCCAGGCCCUCAACUGGAAAAACUUAACAAUCAAUUGGCUGAGGCAGAAGCUGCACUUGAGGCACGUAAGAAACCUCCGGAAGAAAAUGGCCCAAAAAUUGUUGGUGAAGGGCUUGUCAUUGAUGAAUGGAAAGAGCGGAGGGAAAGAUACCUCGCGCAACAGCAGGUUGAAGUGGCCGAUUCGGUGUAAAUUGUACGGGAAAGAUACCUCGCGCAACAGCAGGUUGAAGUGGCCGAUUCGGUGUACAUUGUACCUUCUGCUGCUUCAGAAUCUAUGCAUGUGGCUUCAGCAAGGGCUGUGACAUUCUUGUAAACUAGGUUUUGCGGUAGUGUAGUGUAUGGUAGUCUAGGGUUGUGCUUGCAGGAUGAGUCCCAAAGGACAAGCUAACCUCCGGUAUCUUCAGUACUUCCUGUGUAACUGUGUUAACAAAUGUGUCGUUGGUGGAUGAGUAUCAGAACAAAAUAAAGCAUAUAUUUGUCGGAACA